UUUGUCCAAAAUCAAGUCAAAUAUUUUUUUUCUAGGUCCGUCUGAUGUUUUGGAGGUCCGUGUUUGUUCUGCUCCUAUUUUGUAUUGUUUAUGGACUUUUAAUCUUUAAAUAACGUUCAUUAUCUUCAUGUUUUAUUUGGACUGGAAAGGUUCCCAUACUAUUGAUAUUGUAAUUACAUGUACAUCAAUAGGGAAAGGCUGUCCCAAGUUUUCUAAUCCAAAAUCCUUGAAAUUAUUGGUUUAUAUCAAAACUGGGAAUCUCUGAAGACUAUUAAUGACAUGUGUCUAAUAUCCCUUGAGGAUUAUCCGAGGGAUACCAAAAAACUCCUUGAAUCUGUGUCCACUAUAGACUCAAAGGAAUAACACCUUUUUAUAUCUACCAGUAUAAUUUCGUUAUUCUGAGUACUGAAGAAUGAAAAAGUACCUAACGACAAGUAUCCUCGGGGACAGACUGUCCACCAGCGGAGAUACAUGUUCAAAGAUUAAAAUAAUAUAUAUGGAGAUAACGAAGGAUAUUCAAGCUCAAAAGUCCAAUUAUUCUAAUUUCUGACUCCUUCCAACAACGUUGAUAAGAAAUUAUUGACGAGUUAGUUACCGUGGCACUUAACCCUGAACUUAGUACAUGUCAAGUAUUAUCACGAAAUCGACAGUUUAUGUAAGACGGGGGAUUUUCAGUCAAAACAUUUCUCCGGGCCAAAAACAAGGUAUGCAGGUAUAUUUUUUAUUAACUUUUUUUGAAAUUGAAAUUCAGAAUAGUGAAUUGAUAAAUAUUUGACUUUAAAUGGGGACUGUUGACAAAAAUGGUUCCUAGAAGUUUAGCGAAGAAGGAUGUUAAUUUUGUUUAGAUUUUAAAAUAUUUCAACUGGGUUAUGUCCUCAAUACAUAUAAGAGAUAAAAUUCAUGAUAAAAGUUUUUUUUAAAAGUCAGACAACAGCUGAACAUUAUCAAGUGUCGCUGUGAAACAUGAUAUAAAUUAAGUAUUAUGCUUUCUUUUCACAGUUUCGUACUUUAUGAUUAUUUCAAAUUUCGAUAUGAAUCAUAUUCCUCGACUAUCUAAUGAUGUCUACGUGGGACUUUGCCAUGAAAUAGGCACUCCUGAUGAAAUACGGCUCAGAAGAGACGCGUUCGACAUUUUAGAAGAGUUAGAUAAGCCGCUACGCAUCAAGUAUGGACUUUACAAAAUGAAAAGCGGGAGUAAACGUGAAGGAUUCAAUCUGAGCACUUCGGACGAGGAUUGGAUGCUCUGGCCUCCAAACCAUAAGGUAAUCUGUGAUCUCUCUCAGACCCGCCUUUACCGUAUCCCACAACACACUGUGAUCCUGAUGGAGAGUGAGAAUUUACCACCGGGAUUUACCAGACUUAAACUCAUAAGCCCAUCCAAUGUUGAUAAAGUCAUAUCCUCCCGUAUAGAGAUAAAAAACGAAAUUUAUAUAUCCAGUACAUUAUUUCGUGAUAACCAUAUGCGAUUCCUGGAAACCAUUUAUGUCACCACCUCUACUCCUAUUCAUCAUGGGCCAUGUUCUUCAUUUGUUAAUGAAGAAGAUAUUGAAGAAGACUACGCCUUCUGCUUCAGAUCACAUCACUGGCCAAAAACAUCCUUACCGUGGAUACAAAGAUGUUAUCAACAAGGGUGGCCCUCGGAAGCUGUUGUAUCGGAUAUAUUAAGCGGUGGAUUCCACGUUGUCCCUAUAGGCAGCACACCUGCGAAAGAAGAAGAAUGGAGAAUCUCAUUUUCACUAGCAGAGCAAAAACUGGUCUAUUCAAUGAAUCACUGUCAAUUUCUUUGUUAUGGUCUCUUUAAAAUUUUUCUGAAAGAAGUAAUCAAUUUUCAGAAUCAUACACCAGUUCUUUGUUCAUAUUUCACAAAAACAGUUGUAUUUUGGGUGAUUCAGAGUAAUAGGUCUUUGACAUGGUCAGCUAAUAACUUAUUACCUUGCUUUUGGGAAUGCUUUAAAUUAUUAAUUCACUGGGUGCAUACUGGAGAAUGUCCAAAUUUUUUUAUUCCACAAAAUAACAUGUUCCGACUGAAAGUCACCGGUUUUGUACAAACUUCACUGUACUGUCAGUUGUAUGAUUUGUAUAAAAAGGGAAUAUCAUGUCUACUUUUGAGUGAAACCUUGAGAUCUUAUCUCAGUAAAGCUAUUUUAGACACUACAAUGAAAGUUUGUUCACAAUCGAGAACUUCAGGUAUACCUUUCUCAAUAUUAAUGUUAAAGUUAUUUAACGAAAUAAGAAUACCUGCAUCAUCGCCAGAAUUUUCUACUAUUGAAUUAUUUGCAAUUUACAUUAAACAGAUAGAAAAUGUGUUAAAACAAAGGUUGUCUCUAUGUAAAGCAGUUGUAUUACAAUGUAUUACAUCAGAUGUUUUAAAGAACUCGGCAUUUUUGAUGCAUAGUAAAAUAUAUCCACACAAAUAUCGCAACAAGGAUUAUUACAAGGCUAAUAAAGUGCCAGCAUUGUUAAAACAGUCGUGUGCGUUAGGUUAUGUGUCAAAUAUUAUGUAUCUCGCAAUUCAUUUUUACGGAACAAAAAGGUACGAACAUUCUCUUAGUUGUUUACAGGUGGCACAGAGGAGAAUGUCAAUGCCAUAUAUUAUGUAUUUUUGUCCUGUAAAUGAAGAUAUAUUUACUCACUGCAUUGCUGAGAUGUCUCUGAGUAACAUUAUAAAGAAAGUACUAGUUUCAGAUAUUGCUUUAAACAAUAAAUACACCUACAUUGACGAACUAGUAACAGAACAGAGGAUCAGUGAAAGUAAUGGUAGGUUGACGUUAUAUAUCCCACCAAUGGUGAUGUUACACUUGUUGUUUAUACUGAAUCACCACAGACUGGGUGACACAUUGAAGGCACAUUACUUUCUAAGAAAUCUCCAAAUUCUUCUACACUCGGAUGAUUCGACUUAUAAAUAUCUUCCUCCUACUCCUUUCAGAGACAUUUCAUGGCAAAUACUGGGUAUCUGCCAACAAAUCUGUGGAGAUUAUUUAGGAUCCCUACACAGUUAUCAUUAUUCCUUACAACAGGAACCAACUCAAAGGAUUCAGGAAGCGACGCUGUUCAGAAUGAAUUCUCUGUCUCAGUUACAGAUGUGAUCCUUUUAUCAACUAGUGCAUUGUAUUAGAUCAUGUUUAAUUUUGUUGAUAAUCACAAUCAUUUACUUUUUAUAUUUCUUACAUCUAUCUUCUGUUUUUAUUGAAUGGUAAUUUAUAUAUGCAUUAUUAUGCAGCG